AUGGAGGAGAAACUCGCCGCAGAGAUCGCCCGAAUCAUGGACAACACGGAGGUCCAGCCCAACAGAAAGCUCGACAGGCUUGUCAACUUCUUGAAAGAAUCGCAGCUGGCCUACACCACCACCUUGAGGCCAGCAGAGCUACUGCAUGCUCAAUCCGCUGGAUGUUUUAAUAGCAAAGGACAAAAGCUUUUGGAUCUUGGUUUCAGACCUUCGCUGCUCACGGACUCGAUCGCGAUCGAACUUUCUCCCCUAGAAGACAAGCGGAACGAGCAAAUCCGGGCGAACACGGACUUGAGUGAGAGGUCCAACGGGCUGUUGUCACCGGUCUUGGGGUCGGAAAGAGCCAUGACGGUGAGCUCCAGUCACACCACCGCCUAUUUAAAGGCAUCCUUGAUGAAAUGCAAGCGACCCAACUCGGGAGGCAGCCUCAGCCUGGAGGAUGAGUGCAUGCGAGAUGCAGUGAAUCAGGGGUGGCCCUGGCUCCUCAUUUCUUGGCGGGCAGAGGCCAUGGCCCCCAACCUCCCAGCCUUCGUCCAGAUGGUUUUGAAUUCGGUUCAUUCGGUAGGCCUAGCCUGCCAAGAAAUCGAAGCUGCACAGCAAGUUGCUUUGAUGUGCACGUCUGGCUCCACGGUGAAGGAUGCCGUGAACUCAGUCAAGGCAUCCAAACCUGCAUGCGAAGACUAUAUGGAGCAUGUAGGAGUUUAUGUCCAGAAAUUUGGAGGCGGCAGCCCCUUUCCUUUGAUCUCAUUCUUGGCAAGUUUUGCCAAGGAUUUGGCCCUUACUGUUGCAGUAGGAGAGGAAACUUUUAAGGCCAUUACGGCUUGGGAUCUGCAGGAGCCCUCGACUCAGUUCCCAUUGCUGCGAGCCGCCCUCCUAGCUUGUCAGCUCACAAGCCCGAAAGUUGUCGACGGCACAGCCCGUCUGCUUGUCAAGCAGGAUCUGGACCGCCUCAAAAGCGCCCAGCACCGACAGGCCCUCCUUCAGGCUGAGCAGAUUCUGGAGCACGGAUACCAGGUCUAUCGAGAUGCAGGUGAAACCCCAGCAGUGCAGCGAGCACUCGGCCGGAUGAUGGUGCGACUUUCUCUCCUCCUCACUAAGAAGGAGAAGUAUGGUCGUGAGAAGGUUAUGUAUGAGUCUCAGGAGAAGGUGGCCCAGCUCUUCGCUACCGAAGCUUUGAACACGAACCCAUCGGGUGCUAGCUCUGCUGGCGGGAGCGAAGCGGAUGAGAAUCGGGAGGAGGACCGGCCCCUGAAUCUCUUGGGUGGCAUGAGUGUAGGGGAGCAAGCUUUGCUGCAGAACCCGCACUUGAAGAAGGAUGGGAAGUACGUGCAUGCGGACUACCCAGACAAGAUCUUUGUUUUCGCUGGGCUCGAGAAUGACGAGGCCAAGUUCGUGCACACCCCCUUGUUUGCCUCGCCCGACAUCGUUAUGACAUCGCCAGAGCACUUCAAGAAGUGGAAGGUCACUCGCCUCCCAGUGCCGAGUGUGUUGGCUGCGGACGAAUCCGUUAAGUUCACCUACGGUGGCAGUGCUGUCUUGAACGAUGCGAAGAUCUUGGCGGAUGGGCAGCAGCAGCUUUUCCAGAUCUUCGCAGACCAGAACACCGGCGAUUCUUCAUGCUUGCAUUUCAUCCACCCUACGGCGGAGAAGCUUCGCCUCAUUCCUCUGGCGAACAUGACGAGAGCCAAAGAAGGGCAGAAGCUCAGUCUAUGGGUCGAAUGGAAUGGCAACAAGUACCAGUUGUCUCCUUUUCCGCAGUUGAAGGAUUUCGGGGAGCAGCCGAAGAAGACUGAUACCAUCGUGCCCUUCUACUGGAUCAAGACCACGUCCUCGGAGGAAGAGGUCAACAUGGUUGUGCAGUGGAAAACCGUCGCCGGCAUGAAAUUGCCCAUGCUCGUCAACAACAAGAAGGUGGCCAAGCACACGAUGCUCAUGCAAGCCUCGAAGGAGCUGCUGCAGAAGCAGGAGAAGGAGAAGGGUUCCUUGAAGAGGAAGGCUACCUGA